CGAGGUUCUGUGGCGUGCGGGGUGCCCGGCCCCUCCCCCCGCCCCCCUCGGCUGCUCGCGGCACCGGGCACCACAGCGAGGCCGGGCCGGGCAGCCGUUGGGGGUCAGGAGCCGCCGGUAUCCGCCGUGGGGCUGGGGCCCCCGCGGGCCGCCGCGAUGAAGUGACAGCGGGCGGGCUGUGCGGCUGCCGGGCGGCCCCCUGUGCCCGCGGGGAGGGGGUGGCGCUGCCGGCGCGGACCCGAGCCGAGCGGCCGCGCCAUGAGCUACCAGCAGCAGCUGGCCAACUCGGCAGCCAUCCGCGCCGAGAUCCAGCGCUUCGAGUCCGUGCACCCCAACAUCUACUCCGUCUACGAGCUGCUGGAGCGGGUGGACGAGCCGGCGCUGCAGGGCCAGCUCCGCGAACAUGUCAUCGCCAUCGAGGAUGCUUUUGUAAAUAGCCAGGAGUGGACACUAAGUCGAUCUGUACCAGAGCUGAAAGUGGGAAUUGUGGGGAAUUUAGCUAGUGGCAAGUCUGCACUUGUGCACCGGUAUCUAACUGGUACAUAUGUCCAGGAGGAAUCACCUGAAGAUAUGGAUGCAGGUGGGAGAUUCAAGAAAGAGAUAGUAGUUGAUGGACAAAGCUAUCUGCUGCUGAUUAGAGAUGAAGGGGGCCCUCCAGAGGCACAGUUUGCCAUGUGGGUCGAUGCUGUUAUAUUUGUCUUCAGCUUGGAAGACGAAAUAAGCUUCCAGACAGUUUACCACUACUACAGUCGUAUGGCUAACUAUCGUAACACUAAUGAAAUCCCAAUGGUACUAGUGGGAACCCAGGAUGCUAUAAGCUCUAAUAAUCCACGUGUUAUUGAUGAUGCCAGAGCAAGAAAGCUGUCGAACGAUUUGAAGAGAUGCACUUACUAUGAAACCUGUGCUACUUACGGGCUGAAUGUGGAAAGGGUCUUCCAAGAUGUUGCCCAGAAGAUUGUGGCAACAAGGAAGAAACAGCAGCUUUCAAUAGGCCCCUGCAAAUCUUUACCAAACUCUCCAAGUCACUCGUCUGUGUGUUCUGCCCAGGUUUCUGCUGUACAUAUCAGCCAGACCAGUAAUGGAGGAGGGAGCUUAAGUGAUUAUUCCUCCUCUGUUCCAUCAACUCCAAGCACCAGUCAGAAGGAGCUACGGAUUGAUGUUCCUCCCACUGCCAACACUCCAACACCCGUUCGUAAACAGUCCAAGCGCCGAUCCAACCUCUUCACGUCUCGGAAAGGGAGUGAUCCAGACAAAGAGAAGAAAGUCCUGGAGAGCAGAACAGAUAGCAUUGGAAGUGGCCGUGCAAUCCCAAUUAAACAGGGUGUGCUGCUAAAGCGAAGUGGCAAGUCAUUGAAUAAAGAGUGGAAGAAGAAAUACGUUACGUUGUGUGACAACGGUGUACUGACCUAUCAUCCCAGUUUACAUGACUAUAUGCAGAACGUUCACGGAAAAGAAAUCGACCUUUUGAGGACUACUGUGAAAGUGCCAGGAAAGAGGCCACCUCGAGCGACGUCAGCUUGUGCACCCAUCUCCAGUCCCAAAACCAAUGGUAUGUCCAAAGACAUGAGCAGUUUACACAUCUCUCCUAAUUCAGGAAAUGUGACUACUAGUACGUCUGUGUCUCAGAUGGCAAGUGGGAUCAGUCUAGUCUCCUUCAACAGUCGCCCCGAUGGUAUGCAUCAGCGUUCCUACUCAGUUUCCAGUGCUGACCAAUGGAGUGAGGCAACAGUUAUUGCAAACUCUGGCAUCAGCAGUGAUACUGGUUUGGGAGAUUCUGUGUGUUCAAGUCCAAGUAUAUCCAGUACCACAAGUCCCAAACUGGAUCCUCCUCCCUCCCCUCAUGCCAACAGAAAGAAACAUCGUAGGAAGAAAAGCACUAGCAAUUUUAAAGCUGACGGUAUCUCAGGCACUGCUGAAGAACAAGAAGAAAACUUUGAGUUUAUUAUCGUUUCCCUCACCGGCCAGACCUGGCACUUUGAAGCAACCACAUAUGAAGAAAGAGAUGCGUGGGUACAAGCCAUAGAGAGUCAGAUCCUGGCCAGUUUACAGUCGUGUGAGAGCAGUAAGAAUAAGUCCCGACUGACAAGUCAGAAUGAGGCCAUGGCCCUUCAGUCAAUAAGAAACAUCAGAGGCAAUUCUCACUGUGUGGACUGCGAGGCACAAGACCCUGACUGGGCCAGUCUGAAUCUGGGAGCCCUCAUGUGUAUUGAAUGCUCAGGUAUACACCGGAACCUUGGCACGCACUUGUCACGUGUCCGGUCACUUGACCUGGAUGAUUGGCCUAUAGAACUCAUCAAGGUGAUGUCAUCCAUUGGGAACGAAUUAGCAAACAGUGUCUGGGAGGAGAGUAGCCAGGGACGAAUGAAACCCUCUUCAGACUCCACAAGGGAAGAAAAAGAGCGCUGGAUACGUGCUAAAUAUGAACAGAAGCUCUUCCUUGCCCCGCUGCAGUGCCUGGAACUUUCUUUAGGCCAGCAUCUGCUACAAGCUACAGCUGAUGAGGACUUGAGGACUGUCAUCCUGCUCCUGGCCCAUGGAACCCGGGAAGAAGUGAAUGAGACCUGCGGAGAUGGGGAUGGGCGCACAGCCCUUCACUUGGCAUGUAGGAAAGGAAAUGUAGUGUUAGUUCAGCUCUUAAUUUGGUAUGGCGUGGAUGUUAUGGCCCGUGAUGCCCAUGGGAACACAGCGUUAGCCUAUGCCAGGCAAGCCACAGGCCAGGAAUGCAUUGAUGUUCUCCUGCAGUAUGGCUGCCCUGAUGAGCGCUUUGUCCUGAUGGCUACUCCCAAUUUGUCCAGGAAGAACAAUAACAGGAACAACAGCAGUGGAAGAAUGCCCACCAUCAUCUGAGGAACUUAUUCAUUUCUUCACUGACCUGAGUAACAUCCACAGGCCUCAUACUGCUCCAUUUUCUUCCCAGCUCUGACCUGUGAGUCUUAUACCUCCCCAUCUCCCUUUUCCCCUCAAUCUCUGUCCUCUCCAGAAAAAUCACAUCUGGACAGUGUGAAGGGACCAGAGGAGAAAAGGGGGCUGCAGAAACCCUUUAUUUUAAUAAAAGGUCUUGAAUAAGGAAAACUGAAAAAGGGAGGGGUUGUGAGAGAGAGUGGUAGUGAGGUCUCUAAUUAUAGCACAUGACAUGGGACCAUUUUACUAGUUGUCUUCAGGCAGAGGCUCUACAAGUGUUGAAAGAAGGGGUGGAGGGAGAAGAAAGGAGGAGGAAGAGGAGAUGAAAGAAGAAAUGGUAACUUUCCUUAACUGACAGUUAAGCACAUCAGUACAUUUCACCUCUACCAAACGGAACACUUGGAUUUCAUUCUCUUCUCCGAAGAGCUUGACGGCAUAAAUCAGAAGCAAGCACAGAGUUUGUCAGGUUUGAAGCUCCUAUGAUGGUAUGUGUCAAAUCAGUUGUAGCUAAUCUGUCCAGGGAGAAUACUGGCUUCAUUACACUUGUAUAGUUGAGUUCUUCCAGCAUUACUGCUGUUUAAUAGAACAUGAUUAGUCAUCACGGAGAAAAAAGCAUAUUAGCUGAGGAGGUAGUUACAUGGCACGCUUCGGUGAUUGCUUGGAUGUGAUUGCAAUAUUCUUAGAAGCAUCAUAUUAUCUCAGACAUGUUCUUUCAAGCCCUUGGAGCCCUCCUUUCUAAAUUCACUGUCAUAAUUUAGUAUCUGUUUAAUUUUUCAGUCCAAAGAGAGGAAAUCGGUUGCUGAUUGUUAUUUGACUGCAGUCUCCUUGGUGUAAAAACAAAAUGGAAAAAAUAAAUAAGGAUAACUAUGAAACACAAAAAGAAAUAAUGAAUUCUGCUAAGGAAAAACAUUUCAAGUACAUUUAGUAAAAUAAAUAAAUGCAGUAAAGGCUACUAUUUUUUUUCAGUCACAAGAAAUACGUUCUGUCCUUUUGCCACGUAAGUGUGUUGAGUUUUUUGGUCACUCUUGUGAUGCAUUGCCUAAAUUAUACAGAUUUUGUAUUGUGUCUUUAGAUUAUAUGUAUGUAAAUCUAUUUGAAUAAACAGGUUCAUAAAUAUGCAUUGAUUUUUGUACAGACAAAUGACACCUCUGUUAAUUUAUAAACUAUAAUGGAUGUGAACUAAAUAAUGUGCAAGUAGUUAGGAUCUGAGGUUUACAAAUAAUUGCACAUUGAAAAUAUUCCCAGCAGUGAACUGUAUUUCCAUUUGUUUGAUGCAAACCUUUGAAGAACAUAUCAGAAUCAGGUGAUGGCAUAUUUGGCUUACAAAAAAAAGGUGUACAGUAUCUGUUAGGAAGAAAAGGAGGAUGUCUCUCAGUAGCGUAAACAUAUUUUACAUUAGAAGCUAUGAUGCUUUCACAGACACACAGCCUUGGGGCGGGAGGGGAGAUCAGAUUUGUCUAAUAGCUAAACUUAAUGUCGUUCUCUGAGGUGGGCUUGGCCUGGCUUCUUUGACUCUGAACUUGGCUGCUUUGUGGAGCAACAAUGAUAAUGUGGAAGGAGUUUGGACAGUUCAUCCAUCUACCAGUUUUAAUACUUGAUUCAAUAUUUUAGUAGCACUAGACUGAUGCUGGUUUCUGAAGUCUUCUAAAAACUGAAAUUGUGGCACAGAGAAGUAGAUGGCAAGGUUUCUGGCAAAAAGAGAAGUGAUUUUUAAGUGGCAUAUGGUAAUAUGAAGGUGGGAGAAGGGUGUAUUUCAGGGGAAGUUGAAAUCUGAUCUGAAUCAUGUGGCAGAGGAACAAGUGUAUGAAGUUGGUCAGGUGCACCACAGCACACUGAUUUGCUAAUCUACCUGAUCUUCAUGUAUUUCACGAGUUUCUGUACUUCUUGGGGCUCUGUAUGUCUGUUCAGGUCAGAAUGGGAAGAGAAAAUAAUAAAAUUUAUGUGGACAAAAUUGGGGGCGGGAAUGUAAUAUCCCGUGGGUGUCCAAAAGAGGCAGGUUUGGCCCGAAAGCCAGAGUCCCCCAAUGAUCAGGUGAGAGAAGCCACAAGGGCUCAAGUAGGUGGACAUCGAUGGGCUUUCCUGGCCCUUUAGAAUUCUGUUUUUAUGCUUUGUUGCAAUAGGGGCAUUUAAAGGGGAAUGGAAAAAGCUUUUAAUGUUCGUUUUACCAGCCUAAGCCAGCAGCAUCAUGCGUGCACAUGUGCAUUCAAAAUGAUAAAGCUAUUUUUGGCUGGGUUUUUUUUUUUUUUAAGUAGUUUGCAUAACGGCGCCAUCUUUACUCACACACUGCCGUCUGGACUUAGAUAUUGACAGGUAUCUUCCUCCAACCUUGGAUGACGUCACUAACAUCUACAACUGAACAUGAAACUGCACACUCAGCAUUCUGCUGCUGGGUGUUGGUGAUCUUACCAUCGGUAGCAGGGGACACAGUAACCUGAUCUCCAGUCUCUUGGCAGGCCGGUGAAGUAGGAAUUGAGAGUCUGAUUUCCAGAAGUGCAAACCAGCCCCCUGCUGUUUAAAAUACUUUGUUUUAAAACAAGUUUCCAUUUUUAAGCCUAUAACACAUGCUUUUUCAAAGCUGGUAUUCUUCCAAGUUUAAAAUGCUUUUCCAUUCACCUUUCAAUGAUCUCUUUAAACCAGUCUUCCUAGCAUGAAACAUACCAGGGCACUGAGAAAUAAGGGGAACCAGGCUAAAUUGUAACAAGUGUCUGACACUGUAGAGGUCCAUCAUAUCCUUCUGCGGUAAAGGAAGACAUUCAGAAAUUGUAGCAAAGGAAUCUUUAGAAAAGAAAACUCUACUGUAUCAUAGGAAGGAUGGUUUAUCCAGACAAACAGAAUAUUAACACACUACUUUAGAUAAAGCAGUAACACAGUUGUUUAAAUUAGCACAUCAUUUUCUUAGACAUAUUAGUAAGGGAUGAUCAUAGCAGUGUAGACCAGUGCUUUUGUAGAAUAUGAGAUAGCUUACCUCUUUGUAGUGGCAUAUCCCAAAAGUCAAGGGAUGUCUGCAGGGAAAAUAUACAGCCCAUCCACUUGGUGGCCUUCCCAGUCUUUCAAAGAAAAUGCCACCCAGACAUUGUCCCUGGAGACAAUGUAAUGCGCACUAGAUGUGGAAGGCUUGUCAUUAUUUUGAUAGAUGUGGCGUAGGCCCUGACAAACCUACGUUUUUGUGCUAUCUAAUAUUCAUGCCUGUAACCAAUUCCCCCCUCACCUCCCAUUGAGAUGGGAGGAGUAGCAAAGGGGUUAAUGAGGCACAAGUUACUUAUAUGAGCAGAUUCAGGUACACUUGUCUCCCAGGAAGUUUGAGUCCUCAGGUACUUAUUCAAGGAAGCUUGGUCAGAAAUGGCUGGAAAGGGGUAAGGCACUGCUUGGGCCUUUGGUCUUUAGGACUCACACCGUGAGAGGCAAUGGGACAAGAUCAGGCCAGUGUGAAUAACAUCCCCUGUUUGUUGCUAGCGCUCUGUCUUGUAUAGUAUAAUAUGCACUGUACUUAAAGAAACAACAAAAAUUUCUCGCUUGGUGUUCCAGUCUGUCUCCUAAGUUUAAAACUAAGAAAAGUCUCAUGUUUUCCUUUAUAAGAUAGACCCCAUUUUAUCUCCUUCACACACUAGGGUACAAGGUGCCCAGAGUUGAUGCUUAACAAAUAUCUCCCAGACAUCCAGCAGAGCUAGUCUGACUUUGAUCGGCAUUAGAAGCUGACAUUUUUGACACUAAGCGCUUAUAGGUGAUGUGGUAGCAUUUUGCAGAGGGUGAUCCUGACCCCGCCAAGCCAUUGAAACACAAAAGAUACAGUAAGACUUCUAGACGUCACAGUAAUUUUUUACGCUGAUUCGUCUCUUUUAAUCCGUCCACUUCAGUUCCUCACUUUUGCUUUUAGCCCCUCUUCUUGCGAUUCUGGAACCCACUUACCAGAAUGUUUAUGUCCUUUGAACGUGUUAGGAGCAACUUAAAAACCAAUUGAAGGCCAGGCAAUAAGAAAUCCCAAUAGAAACAUGCUGGGGAGCUAAAUCUAUUUCUGUUUUCUCAAAUAACGGAGAUCCAUAAUGUCACCCAUUCAGCCCUUUUCCUGCUCCCAUUAUCUUCUUUCCUAUCUCCUCUGCAGUUUAUCCACAAGUAAUAAGACACUAAAAUCAAAGCCAUCUUUGCUAUUAGCAUUGGCAUUUCCAUUCUAUUUGUUUUAAUCCAAUUGCUGUUGAACCAUAGAGAUGAGCCUGAUGUGGAACACCUGGGUCUUGAUGUUCCCAGAGUUUGGAAGGCUGCGUUUCAUCUUGUAGACAGAGGGGCCAGAUCCAAACUUCAGGAAAGUUUAGGAUUUUCCAGAUCGGGGGUUUGGUCAGGGCUCCUCUCUGUUUAAUCGAUUUCAAUUUUAUUACUAAAUGGGGGUAGAAGAAUAAAUGCAUCUUGAAAGUGUUGGUGCAUUCUGGUUCACGUGCCAUUUAGAAAGCUGUUUAACUAUUAAUUGGAAAAGGGGGAAGAUUUUUAGGCAUUGCUACCUAGGUACAGUGUAUAACUGGUGUGUAAAGAUUAAUACUGUUUAUUUUGCUGUCUCUUUCCCCCACCUCCUUCAAUUAUACUUUGUAGGGAGCAAAGAGCUUCCCCUUCACUUGAUAUGAGAUUUGCUCAUAGGAAGGGGAAGUUGGGUAAAAUAGGAAAAGUCAGAGAAAGAUUGUGAAUAUAUAAUGUUAAAUACACUCCCCUAAAAAUUGUAUCUAGCACUACAAUGUACCAUUACUCAUGGGGCUGGCACUGAGAGUCCAAUUUGUUGCUAUUUUCAACUUUUAUAUUUGUACAGUGAUCAGGAAAGAUGAAAUAAUAUGUGGGUCUAAUAAAGUAGCAGUAGCUAAGACAAGCACAGAUUUCACAAAAGAUUUCUAAAUAAGUGGAUUCCUUCACUACUGUCUUGGGGAGCCGUGUUUGCACCCCAAGAGGGAACAUGUGUUCAUUCAAGCUAUCACUACUCUACUUUGAGAAUGCAAAUGUAGGGGACCAAAUUUUAAGCAGUUUAGCCCUUGCUUGGGAAAACGCUGAUAAUUCCCUUCAUGUUUUAUAUUAAAGCACCUUUAUUUUCCCACAGUGGGCUAUUAUCGUCAUUAGUGUGUGGGAUCUCUGACCUUUGCUUCAUUAGUCUCAGACCCCUGAUUUAUUUUAACGUCUCUUAUUCCAUUUUUGUAGAUUUGUCAUUUAGAAAGGCAAUCUUUGGCAUUUUAUCUGUUUGCUCCACUGUAAAAGCACUCCUGGUUGCAAUUCUUUUUGAUGAAAGAAUAAAAUAAAUCUCAAGUUUGAAGUUGUGUUUUUCAGAUCAGGGUUUUACCUCUUGCAUAUUGAACUACAAGAAGAAGAAUGGUUAAGUAGUUUGAGUUUGAAGGAAUCUCCUAGCUGGAAAAGAUAUAGAUUACAGGGAAAAUUAUAAAAAGCCAUAGGCAUGUAGAUUUGUUAUAUGACCAUGUUCUGUUUGGUUAUCAUGAACCAGGGUUUUUUUAAAUCUUUGGUGCUCCCAUCUGAUGGAAACUAAUCUUUAUUUGACUGAGUCCAAGUCACAUAUUUUAAGCAGAGGAGAUAAAGGUUUUCAUCAGCAAUUAGUAAUUUGGGUUGCCUAAAUUGAGAAUUUCAGAGGGCUGGGUGCUCAACACUUACUGAAAAUAAGGCCCUAAGACUGGCCCCACAAAAUCACUAGUCGCUUUUUUGGAAAUCAUGGCUUUUGUUGUUUUAUUUCAGGUGACAGCAAUAUAUGGGUGAAUUUGUUCCCUAUACUUGUCCUCUGAGCAUUUUAGAGACUUGUUUAAUGGGCAGAUAAAACAUUUAAAGAUGUUUAUAUUGAACAUGUUUAGCUUUCUUAUUUACAUCUAACAUUUCUGGCACAUCCACAUGACAAAGGUGAGAUUCACUGACUCUCAAAACUUUAGUCUUCUCUCUCCUCUCUUGGCCACCAACCUGUGGGUGUUUGUAUUGAACACCUACUGCUCAUAGUUCUAACAGCUGAGGUUUUGCCAGUGCUCCAGAGCUAGUCAUUUUCAAUAUAGUGUGUAUGUUAGAUUAAAAUGUGAGGGAGAAAGGGGUGUCGGGUGUUAUAAAGCUUUUAUUGGCAUGAGUUUGGAAUGACUGAAUCAUUGACCAGCAGUGAUUACACCAUCAGGUACAUUGUGUGCCGCAUAUUUUACAGAAAAACUGAUCAAUGAUUUCCGGUUUCUGCGAAUACCAAUGGUACAAUUUUUCUUGUAUCCUUCCACCUUUAAAGCCAAGUUAUCUAAGUUAAGGUGGAGGAUGGGAAAAAUGAAUACAUUUUAGAAACCUCUUAAAAAUUAUCUAAAACUUUUUAUAAGUCAUAAUAAUGUCGCUUUAGUCUGAAAUCUUGUGUCUUGUCACAGCUAUAAACAGAUACUCUAGCUGAUUAGAAAAUUGGGUCUGUCCUUGCUUCUCUCCAGUAGUAUUUAAUCUUUUCCUAGUCCUGAUGGACCACAAGAUAUGGGACCUUAAACCUGCCACUGGUGGAGGACUUAAUAUUGCCCAGCCUGUAGAUAAGGCCAGUGUAAUUCUCAAAGCUAAUUCCACAGUUAGGGUGGGGGGAAAUGUGUGGCAGGAAAUGUGUGGCAGGUUCAUUAUGGGGGGGCCAGGGUAUACAAAUGUAAUGGUGGUGGUUUGGCGAGCAGCUCAGUGUUUUGGAAUCUUAGAAUGAGACCCAGUAGAGUUGGAUAAUUACUGGGCAGAGUGCAAGAGAAAUUGGCAAAGUUGCAAGAUAAAGGUAAUGGAUGGAUACUACUAAAUGUAUGAUCUACAAAUAUUUUACAGUCUGUGUAUGCACAUGUUAAUAUAUAUAUAUAUGCUAUAUAUAACACAUGCAAUAUAAUUUUAUAUAUAGUGUGUGUACAUAUAUUUACAUAUAUGCAAAUCUAUAGUGAGUGCCAGGUUUUCAGUUAGGUGUACAUAACUGCACAUUUUCACAUGCCUAAUUUAUGUGCAUGAAUAUGUGCAUGCAUGAAGCAGGUGUUUGCGAGCAUAAAUGAGGCAUGCACAGAUAGAUGCACGGAACUGUGGAUGUCCAGUCAACAGUAGAUGCUGUCUAUGUAGAUAUAAUUAUGCAGAAAGAGACACACAGUAGUACUUUUGGGUGCCCACUGAAUGUAUGGGGUUCUUAGUUCAGAUGAUGGUGGGGCAGGCAACUGGUUGUGAGCGUGGAUUCAGCUCAUUCAGAAAACUCCUUCAAACUAAAGGCGCACACAGUGUCUUUAUCAAAAAAAACCAAACUCACCACAUGUCGCAGGAUAUGCCAACUCUACCGUGAUUAAAAAUGGCAUAGUCAGCCCACAUGGUUAACCACUGUGUUCUAGGCCGCCAUAGUGGUGUGUUUAUAUUCUAUGAAAGAUGAGUAAAAUGUUAGGGUGGGAAAGGGAUGCAGAAGUUGAGAGGGACUCGCCAGUCAGAAGCCCAUUUUGAUAUAUAUAAUUAUGGGGAAAGUGCUGAGAACUUCAGCUGACUGGCUGAAUUGAACUCUGAGAAUGACAGUCUGACCUUCUGCAGCUGUUUUAAAUAAAUGCCAUUUGACGUCUUACUGCCACUUAUAUAAUGUGUGUGUGUAUAUAUAUAUAUAUAGGAUAGUUCAGGAAUCCACUCUGAGGAAGAUGUUUAAAAGAGCACUGUCCAGGUUGAUAGUUCCCUUAGACCUCUCCCUGCCCUUCCCUUCACAUGUUCGUUAGCUAAAUUGUGGCAGUAUAUUAGUUUCUGAAGAGAUUGUAAGCAUCGACUCUAGGGUAUGUUAAGGCACUGCAUAAUAGUGGGCAGUCCAUAAAUAUUAGAUCAUGAUUCACACCAUUGCAGUUUAUAAUCGUGGUAGGGAAAUAAGUUAGAGAGCUCAAACCUGAUAAGGUAAAGAUGCCAGUUCUCUGCAGUGAAGGGAGGUAUGUUGGAAAACACAGCUGUGGGGGUGUAAUAUUUUUUUAAACUUUUUCCCCCUUCUUGUACCUGAACAUCUUCUAGGACAGGAUAAUUCUAGGACAGGAUAAUUCAUAAAAUGACUGAUGUAUUCCAGGCUUGAAUUGGAUUCAAGAUGCACACUGCAGCUUCACACUGGGGUCAUUUUGCCAAUCCACAGAUAAAGUCUGGCUAAAGUGUCCUCUAAAGCACAGCCCUCUCCUCUGUGGAAAUACAAGGCUUCCUGAGCCACAGAAUGAGGGACACAAAUUGGUCCAAUCAACUUUAUUUUUGUUAGGCUAAAGAAAACGUCAAGAUAGUUUUUAAUUGUUACACAGUUUGUACAGCCUGCACAAAGGGAGAGGGAAUAUGUGGACUGAUUGUCUUUUUAAACACUUGUUAGGGAGUUGUGCUGUGUAGAAAAGAUUCGAUAGAUCUUUGUCGUUUCUCACUUCGUCUCUCCUAGGUUUCAUGUUUGCUGUGAGCCCAAUCCUGCAGCCUUUACUAUGGCAAUCCUCCCAUUGGCUCCAGUGGGAUGUAAGCACGACCUUAGGUACUUCGCUGAAUCAGAGCCUGAAUAAGGGCUGCAGGAUCAGGCUGUAAAUCACAAAGGGCUAAAUUCUGGACUCAUUGAAGUCAAGGGGAGUUUUGCCACUGAGAUCAGAAUUUGGCAUUCAAGCCAGCCAGCAUGGCUUUUAAGAUUCCUUUAUUUUGGAAGUCCCAUUGAUCACCCGUUUGUGGUGGUUAAAUUUUUGUGUUUUAUACCUGCCUGAAUGCAAACCUUAGAUUUCUAAACUGUUUUACCGUUCUGUCCCAUUCAGCCGUCAAACCCUUUAGUUUCCCUGCAUUGUCACAUUGGCAUGUUUCUUAAAGUGGGGUUUGGGGGAGUGGGGGAGGGAACCGGUGAAUGGUGAUGCCCAAGAAAUGUUUCUUGGGUAGAGGCAGGAAAUGCCUAGCACACGACAGACUUUAUAGUGUGUUUUUUUUUCUGUUUCUGUAAAUAGUCAUGUAUAAAUGAUGACAAAGCAGUGUGGAAAUUAUUAAAAGAAAAAAAAAGUCUCUUCUGUUGUUGUUUUUAUAUUACCUCAUUCAGCAAGUUUGUUUUACAAUGACGCAAUGAUGCUUUAUUUAUAUUGUUUGUACUGUAAUUAAAACAAUUGACAGACAUUUCACUUUGCUUGUUGUUUCAUAUGAUCUUGUUUUGAUUAAAUAUGCCAGUUUGUAUUAUGUUUCCCCUCAACCCGUGCUCCACCUUGAGAUUUUUGUGUCAGCUGUACAGUAUUCUGAGUUUUUAAAAAAAAUGUAAAGUAAUGCAGAGAGGGACUGCCAUACUGUAUAGGUCUCUUUCUAAUAAAGACAACAAAACAUA